AUGCCUCUGGACACAGUUGAAGAUUGGUUCAAGGCGGUUGGGGCUGACAACCUGGAUUUGAUCGAGGAUAAUGUGUGGAUUUAUGGCCCAAAGAAGGACGAAAACGGAGAAACUGCUCUUAUGAUGGCUGUUCGCAAGAAAAGGCACGUCAUCAUCCCCGUGCUAAUGCCGAACGCAAUCACCCUUUGUAACAACGAAGGCAAGACAGCACUGAUGAUAGCCGCCGAAUUAGAUGAUCCCGACGCCUGCUCUCUACUGGUUGAGUCCGAGGCGAAUGUUUGUACUAGUGAUGGCAAGACAGCGCUCCACAUAGCAGCUAUAAGCAACGCAUACCAUGCAGUGCGUGCCCUUACGGAGAGCCUUGAGGUAAGCAAGGAUAAGAAUGGUAAAACUGCUUUAGAUUUGGCCAUUGAUGGCAAUUGCCUAAGGUCCGUGAAGGCUUUGUUGGCACAUGGCACGUGGACUCGCUAUGGUCAGCUCAAGGACUAUCUACAGAUUGCAGAGAGGCACAACUACAGCGAGCUCGCCGAGUACUUGCGAGGGAUCAUAGCAGAUAUUCCACAGAACGCAACUGAUGACAUGUACCUCAACAGAGUCAUUGACCCCAUAGAAGACAUUGUGUCUGCAGUGCCAAGCGUGUCCAACAUUAAGGUGGAUGACUCCCUAAUGACAAAGACUGCUGCGACUCUCCCACCGCCCAGCAAGAAGAACUCUUGCUGCGGACAAUGCGUUGGUGGCGUUUGCUCCACUGGCUUGAAUGCACAUUUGUGCAAGCUCAAAAGCGGUACUGUUCGUGCUGUGGCAGGACUUCUUGUUGUGGCGCUCUUGUCGAUCCUGUUUAGGUUGUUUCUGAACAAAGAGUAA